AUGCCUGGUGUCGUAGCUGAAGGGCUGCAUGUGGAAGGCGAGGCGGCGCGUGCUGAUGGAGCCCACGGAGCUCCAGCUGCCUCCGGGGCGCGGGCCGGUCGUGAGCCCCAGGCCGCCCAUGAACGGAACAACAUGAUGCUGAAGGCCCUUAACAUUCGCGCGUGUAACCAACAAUCGCGCAUGCGCAACUAUGACGUCACGGCUACACUCACCAAAGACUGCACCGUCAACAUGCGGGCGUGCUUCAACGUCACCCGCGUCCUCAAUGAAACCAAGAUCAACUACCGUAUCAACAAGCCGCCCCUCAUCAACAAGGCGGGCAGCGUGGACUGGUGCAAGCAGGCGGACGAGCUGUGCGAGGACGAGGAGCAGCGCGUGGGCAUCAGCUGCCCCGCCACCCGCGCCCAGGGGCCCGCCAAGAAGGGAGCCAAGCAGCAGCAGAAGAGGAACAAGUUCGCCCCCGUGCAGUGCCCGCUGCGCCCGGGGCGUCGGUGCAUCUCGCACGUGGUGGACGUGAAGGAAAUCAAGCCCCACCGCCGGCACGUGAUGGGCACCUUCAAGGUGAGCGCUACGGUGGACCACGGCGCCGCCGGCAGCUCCUGCAUUGAUGGCUCCUUCACCAUCGCCGACUCCGCCCAGGGGUAG